GAAGUCUGAUUUCAUUUAUUCCCAACAUGAACACAACCUCGAGUGGUCGCCUAUUUUCAAAACUCUCAUUAUAGAUAGUCAAAGUAGUCUAAUGGUGAAAACCCUCCAACCCCUAUUUUGCACUCUAAAAAACGCAUAUUUUUACAAUUUUUAUUGUAUUUUCAACUAACUGCGCAAUGGAUUUGGAUAUUUAUCCCCCUUGAAAUGACUUCAGCUCAUUUUCAUGGAACGUGAAGAAAGGUCGAAUGGUACGCAGGUUUUAUAUUUUUGACUCUUUCUGGAACCCGAAAUUUAAUUGACAAACUUUUUUUCUGAACGAAAAGGACGUUUUUCACCAAAUCUCAGCUUAUAUAAGCAUCAGAACUACAGAACACUGCACACCGUUCUACUCAUCAUGACCACCCCUAACUAGAUGUAGAAGUUGAAGGGUGUCAACCCCAUGUUAACCCCACAAAGAGAAUGAGUCAAAUUGCGAUUAAAAAGGAUCACACACAACUGAAGAGAUAAAACGAACGCAGUUGUUAUUGCCACAGUUAUUUCUAAUAAUCCCUGACUGUGAAAGCGAUCCAUUCAAUUGCAUGUUCCAUCCGUUCAAUAUACUAAACGAGCAGCCAGCCUCAGCCAUUCACGAACAAACAAGUGUCAGUGAAGCCCUUUAUGAAUGGGGCGAAAGUGCUCCAUCAUUGAUCACGCGGUGCGAUUGCAUUUUUUUCCCUCUUGCGAAUGCGAACAAACGAAAUAUUGCAAUGCCUACCGCCCGCACCCACCCCCGCCGCCCCCGUCGUCUCGGUGAUGCACCCCCACCCCGGGCGACUCGUGAAUGAGUCGCGUAGUCAUGAAUGAAGAGGCGGUAGGGCCGCCCCACGGCCGCCGAGGGUCGGCGGCGCCUUGCGAGGGCACGCGCCCUGCAGCCGCCAGUCUCCGCCCCCCGAGGUUUUUAUCAGGCAGCGCCAGGUGGACCAAAGGGCGAGCAACGGCCGGUGUCGCUCUCUUAUCUCCGCAUCCACUCUGCAGACAAAAGGAUGAGUGCGACCGUGCUGUUUGGCCUGCUGCUGCUGCUGGCGACGCAGGGCAGAGCCCAAAUCGAGCUGAACCCCAUCCUGGCCGACAUGGCGCAGAUCGACAUGUCGAACACGCUGGGCUGCCACCGCCGUCUCUACAGCUACAAAGUCAUCCAGUCCGACCCGGCCGGACGCUCGUGCUGGGACGUGGUCAACGUCAUGUCCUGCUGGGGCCGCUGCGACUCCAAUGAGAUUUCAGACUGGCGCUUCCCGUACAAACGCUCGUUCCACCCGGUGUGCAUGCACGACGACCGCAGGCCGAUGUCCGUCGAGCUGAAGAACUGCGACGCGGACACACUGCCGGGCACGGAGCGGUACGUCUACUACGAGGCAGUGUCCUGCCGCUGCUCCGUCUGCAAGUCCAGCGAGGCCAGCUGCGAGGGACUGCGCUACCGGGGCCAGCGCUCCGGCAACAAACACUGACUCAUAUUGUAAUAUUAAUUUGUGUACAGUUAUGGUAGAGCGUUGCAAAGAAUAAUUUUUUGCGUUGCUUGUGUUUGACCAUCUCAAUAAAUAUGAACUAAAGCCAAAUAUACUUGAUUAGAAACAUCAGAUUUUUU